AUGUCACUGCGGCGACCUGUUCUAGGCCUGCUAUUGUCUCGGAAUAACACGAUAUGUAUACGAUGUGCUAGACGCCUGGCGCAAGCAGCACAGAAGCAGGAUAGCACCCGGGGUUUCCAUGUCGGAGCGAAGAGGAGACAGAGCGCGGUAGCGGCGAAGGGUGGGAGUGGGAAUGGGAGUGGAAGUGGGAGUGGGAGUGAGGGGGUGGACAAGACGUUUUUCUGGGCCAAUGCGUUUCGGAGGAGUCAUCGAGAGCAGCAGCGGGGAGAGGAAGCUGAGGUGUUCGCUGGGAAGAGUCAUGGGGCUAUUGCGGGGAUGGAUGGGAUAGUGGAUGGAGGAGGAGGCGGAGGAGAGAGGAUACAGGAUGUUAUGGCGCCGACGGCAACAGAAGAACCACCACAUCGUCGACGGAAAAGAUUAAAGGCCGAAGCAGCAGCAGCCGCACAGGCAGCAGCAUCACAGCAGGCAGUGAAAGAGGUCCAACUCCCCCCCGACGCCUCCUCCACCCUCUCCCAAACUGCCGCCGCCGCGCCCGCGAAAUCCUGGCGGAGGAUCGUCUCCAUCUAUCUCGCACUCUCCAAACCGCGUCUAGCUUUUCUUAUAGUGCUGACGACAACGGCGAGUUAUUCGAUUUAUCCCGUUCCGGAUCUGCUCAGCGCUACGGCGACGACGGCACCGAGUCUAAGUACACUGACAUUGUUGUACUUGACUACUGGAACAUUCCUGGCGAUCGCGAGCGCGAAUACAUUAAACAUGCUCUUCGAGCCCGCCUACGAUGCUAAGAUGUCCCGCACGCGGAACCGACCUCUCGUCCGAGGUCUCGUGAGUAAACGCUCCGCCUUGCUCUUCGCCAUCGCCACGGGAGUCCUAGGCACAAUCCUAUUAUGGGAGGGUGUCAACCCCACCACCGCGAUUCUAGGGGCGAGUAAUAUCGCUCUUUACGCUUUCGCUUACACGCCGUUGAAGAGGAUCCAUCCGAUUAAUACGUGGGUUGGAGCGGUGGUGGGGGCGAUCCCGCCUUUGAUGGGGUGGUGUGCGGCUGCUUCUCAGUAUUCUACCACUAAUGCUUCGAUUGGGGAUCUGGGAUCUCUUGGCCGGGAGGCGAGGGAAUUGUUGUUCACGGAACAGGCUGUUGGGGGGUGGUUGAUCGCUGCUUUGUUGUUUGCGUGGCAGUUUCCGCAUUUCUUCGCGCUGUCCCAUGGGGUGCGGCAUGAGUACGCUUCGGCGGGGUAUCGCAUGCUGACUUCGACCAAUAUCCCCAUGGCGGCCAGGGUCACGGACCCGGGGUUUGUGGUCACGAGUUCCGUGAUCAACGGAUGGAUGUUGAGGGAGGCGUGGAGGAUGUGGUGGCUUAAUGCGGAGAGGGGGAGUGCGAGGGCGUUGUUUUGGGCCAGUGUGUGGCAGUUGCCUAUUGUGCUUGUGUUGGCUAUGGUGCAGAAGAAGGGGUUGGGGGGGGAUUUGUGGAGAGGGAUUAUGGGUGGAGAUGAGGAGGAAGAAGAGGAGUGGGAGGAUCAGGGGUGA